GGCACGCUUAAGCUGUGGAACGUGUCGCGGCGCCGCGCCGGCUCCUCCUUCCCCGCUGUUUUCAGCGGCCCCCCGCCCCUUCCCUCAGCCUCCUCCUCCCUCGCCCGCAGCCCAGCGUCCCAUCCCCCCACCCGUCGGGCUCGUCGGCGGCUACUGCAGAGGAUUCGGAGCCGACUCGCUGAGGAGGAGGAGGCUCCUGGUGCCUGCGCGCCAUCCGCCACCUCACUGGACACGGGCGAGGGAGCGAGAGUGUCGCCUCUGUAGCCUCCAGAGAAGACAAGGGCAUCGUCGCCUCAGCCGCCGCCGCCGCCUCCGUUUUCGCCUGCAGCGGCUUGCCGAACUCUCUUCACCUUGCAAGACUGAAACUCUAUACACAUUGAACAACUCCGUAUUGCCCCCUACCCCAACCCCUGGCAACCACCAUUCUGCUUUCUGUGUGAUUUUGACUACUCUGAAGUACCUCAUGAUUCUCAGUCUUCCACAAUGAACCCUGUUUAUAGCCCCGUGCAGCCUGGGGCUCCUUAUGGCAACCCUAAGAACAUGGCCUACACAGGUUACCCCACAGCCUAUCCAGCAGCCGCCCCUGCCUACAAUCCCAGCCUGUACCCCACCAAUAGCCCAAGUUAUGCUCCAGAGUUUCAGUUCCUGCAUUCAGCUUAUGCAACUCUGCUGAUGAAACAGGCCUGGCCACAGAACUCGUCUUCCUGUGGCACUGAAGGCACCUUCCACCUCCCAGUGGACACCGGGACCGAGAACCGAACUUACCAAGCAUCCUCUGCGGCUUUCAGGUAUACUGCGGGGACACCAUACAAGGUCCCACCGACCCAGAGUAAUACUGCUCCACCCCCCUACUCCCCAUCACCCAACCCCUAUCAGACGGCCAUGUAUCCAAUCAGAAGUGCCUACCCCCAGCAGAAUCUGUAUGCCCAGGGAGCCUACUACACACAGCCGGUGUAUGCUGCCCAGCCCCAUGUCAUCCACCACACCACGGUUGUCCAGCCCAACAGCAUUCCCUCUGCCAUCUACCCGGCGCCUGUCGCUGCCCCGAGGACCAACGGCGUGGCCAUGGGCAUGGUGGCUGGCACCACCAUGGCAAUGUCAGCAGGUACCCUGCUGACUGCACCCCAGCACACUGCGAUUGGGGCACACCCUGUCUCCAUGCCAACAUACAGGGCCCAAGGGACCCCUGCGUACAGCUAUGUGCCCCCGCACUGGUAAAGCCUGCAGCCCAUCCAAAUCUGGAGUCACACAUUGUAUGCAACUACUCAAGUCUUACACAGGUGCUGGAGCAGCUUCCUAGCAGCACCGCCUCUAUUUGCAAGAAGAGACAACGGAAGUGCAAGGGUCACUUUAUGCAUCUUUAAUGAUUUUGGUUUUUAUUUUUGGUUUUUGUAAAAGCUGCUUUUUCUAAUCUCCUGCCUCUCCCCACUGUCCCCUUCUUAGGCACUGCCCUUCCAACUCUACCCGCUCCUCCUACCUGACCAGGCACAUCCUCUCUGCUCUUCUUUCCUUCCCAAGAAUCCAGUCCCUGGGGAGCCUAGUCCAGCAGCAGGCAGAGAGUGGGGUCUGUUGCAAUGGUUUAGCUAAAGGCAUGAUUUCCUUUGAAGAGCAUAACAGAUGUGGCCCUCGGGUCUAGGGUAGGAACUCAGAGCUGUUGAGCAGGCCACAUCUCUAGGGGAUUGAUUCUUUUUUGAUUUGUCUCAAGCAGGAUUAGGUUAAGACAUUACCAUGUCCUGACACGAAUGAAAUGUCUUCUGAGAAUCAUCGCAACAGACCAAGAACAAAACAACCUGAUUAGGUAGGAGUGUUCAUAGCAGCUUAGUAAUACCCUGGAUGAGAAUCUGAGAAAACCAGAUUCUUCCUUUGGGAGAACUUGGGGGAGGGAGGGCAUUGUGGGAAAGAAGAGGGAAGAGAGGAGAGAGGUGCUUGCCUGCUGGGUUUGGUUUGUAAGGUCUCUGGCCAGUUAUCUGGGCCUGGACCCUCUGAUUUGCACAGUGAUGUUAACUGACCUGGCACUUCCUCAGAUUUUGACCUCAGAUCUGCCAAGCAGCUACAGGAUGGUGGGAUCCCAGCCUCCCAAAGCCUUGGAAGGCCGGGUGCCCUGUGUAAUCCAGACCUUGGCCUCUGAGCCCUCAAAGAUCCACUCUGAUGAGGAGCUUCCUCUUGAUUAGAGAGGAAACCUAUGGCAUUUCUCUCCCUUCCCUUUGCCCUUCCCAGUGCCAGGGUUCAUCCGACUGUCCGUGGCGCUGGCAGACAGGCCAAGCUCUUGGUUACCUUGUGCCAUUCAUGGCCAAAGUGAAGAAACCACAUUCCAGGUGGGUGCUGGUGGCUCUGAAGGUCAGGAUAGUGAAGGAAAAGCAAUAGCAAUAAACAUUUCAUAGACUCAUGGAGCUGAAGGGACCUUAGCAGUCAUCUCAUCCAUUCCCCUAUUUGACAGAUGAGGAAGCUGAGGCCCAGAGAAAAGGAAAAGCUUUCCCUAGACCUCGCAGUGAAUUAGCAUUAAAUGCAGCCUUCCUGCCUAGGGGCGUGUUGCAAAUUUACCUAGGAAUGGCUUGGCUUGGUUUUGUAAAAAUGAAGUCAACACUGCCCACACCUGGUGAGCUCUGGAACAGUCUCUGGGCUUUUGUUUCUGCUCUUUUCCUCUACGGAUUCCAGAGGCGGCAGGGGUUGAAGACUGGGCAGAGGUCACUUGGGGGAAGAUGGCAGGAACAGAAAUUGCAAAUGAAGAAAUAGCAUUUGGAAGUUCAGUGAAGACGUCUGUAACUUUUGACCAGACUCCAGCCCUAGGAGAAGGAACAGGUGGGCUGGCUGAAAAAGGAGUCCAUUUUUAAGAGAGUAGCCCCUCAUCCUGAGAGGAGAGGAGGAAGAGACAUGGGCUCUCCUGGAAAAGAGGGACCACUGGGUCAGGAGGCCCCACUAGUCUCAGCCAGGAGCCCCAUUGUCUAGCACUGCCCCCUUGUACCCAGCACUUGGCUGGACCAGCAGCUCCUUUGGAGGUGGGGGGAGAGGAACAUUUUACUGUACAAAAUGGGAUCAUUGAUAACAUAUAGAACUUUUAAGUAUCUUUUUAUUUUAAAUUCAUGCAUAUUUGGACGUAUCCCUACCCCUACCUCCCAUGUCUUCCCUUUUAAAGGAGGAAAAAAAAAAAUCAGGAAAAUCCUUGUGCCAGAAGGACCUCAGAGGCUGUCUGGCUGUUCCCAGAAGGACAAAGCCCAGCAACAUUCUUGGCCCAGAGCUAGGAUUUGGGGGCCCACCUUCUUGGUCUUCCAGGGAACUGCAGGAGAAGCCCACCUGUUCUAAAUGGUCUAUUCUGGGGGUGCUGGAGAGGUUUUAUUUUAAAAUAAUAGAAAGUUUCCAGUGUUAACCCAUUUUUUUUUUUUUUUUUUUUGCAAAUACCUCCUCCUGCUCUCUGGUUUUAUAAGGGUGAUGAAGGUUGUUUUAGACUUUGUCAUACAUGUUUGGAAAAUGCCAAAAAGUAAUAAUAAUUAUUAUUAUAAUAAUAGGAAACCUUUGUGUUUGACAGGUGCUUCAUAGACUUCAGAGCACUUCACAGCCUUUACUGACCCUGAGAGAAAGACAGGGUCACAGUUAUUACACCCAUUUGAUAAAUGAGGAAACUGGUUCUAGAAGAGAAGGGAACUUGCCCAAAGUGAGCAGAAUGCUGGUAUCCCUGAAUCCUGCUGCCUCCAGGUGGGCUGGGGUAGAACCACAGAGAGGAGGGGAAAGAAGGAGUUUAGGAAUGACCUUGUUACUUUUGUUCAUUCUAUACCAAUAAGUAAAAACUAACAUCUAGUACCUCAAGUUCACAAGGCAAUUUCAUAUCCAUCAUCUGGUUUAACCCUGUGAAAUAGAUUAUUCUCCCAUUUGAUCUAUGAGGAAACUGGGGCUUGGAAAAGCAAAGCAACCUAUUCAUAAGUGACAGCCAUUUGAAUCCCAGUCUGCUCACUUUUCACUCAUCUGACUCCACACACUGGCUUGCGGACUGAAACAUCUAUGCUCUGCACGCUCUCUUAGUCCUAGUGUGUAAUUCAAGAUCAAAGACAGACCCCAAGGCAAAAACAGGCGUGGAAAGGCUGUGGUCUGAGAGAGUCCAGGCCCAGCAUCCCCUUUGCAGUCUGAGCACCAGAGCCCCAGUUCAGCUUGUCCCACCCUCUUGCUUUGACAGAGAUCCACAAGCCUGGCCAAGCUUGGGGAGUCAUUGCAGAGGGACUGAGUCCAGGAGAACAGGGGCAGUAGUGUGCUUCUGGUAGGAUGAGUACACCUGGUAGGAUCACAGGCGUCUGUCAGAACAUACCAUAAGUAUCAUCCAAAGAUACUGGAUGACCCAAAGGUUAAGCUGGACAGAAAGUCAGAGCUGGAAGGGGCCCUGUCAUUGUAGGAAGGCCAGCAAGCCAGAGAGGACAAAAGGGUGUACUCACAUGACAGCAAGCUGCAGCGCAGCACCAGCAAACUUCUCUCCACCCUACUCUACUGCUUCUCCCCAGUACAAGCCUGGUGGCCAGGGUUAGGGCUGCAGGUGGUUCCAGUCACCAGCCAAUCCUCUUGGCUUCCCCCACUUCCACCAGCUCCCUUUCCUCAUUAGCCUGGGGCCUAGGAAGCUGGAGUCUGGAAGCUGGAGUGCCCCCAAGUGGUGAGAGCCUGAAGUUUAAUCUUUCUGCCAUGUUUUGAAAAUUUUAAUUUCUUCCCCAGGAGACAGGACAGUUGCUGCUGCUUCUCUCUCUCCUGGCAAUGACCCUAAAAAGUCCAUAUCCUCCUCCCUGUAUAUUGAAAAAGGACACUUAGACCUGUCCAGAAUUUUUUGUCUGUAUACAAAGAAUGACGUUGAUUGCCAAAAUCCCCAUUUUAUAGAUGGAAAAAAACUGAGCCUCAGAAGGCUUAAGAGACUUGCCAAAGGUCACACAGCUCAUAAGAGAAAGAGCCAAGAUUUGAAUUCUUCAAAUUCUCUGCUCUUCCUGCUGGCACAUGCUAGGUCUGAGUGGCAGGCAUGCAGAGGGGAUGGGCUACCCAUCUGCCCCCAGAGGAAGACUCCAUGGAGACCUGGGAAACUCAAUCCUCCCAGCUGAGCUGAUUUUUGUGAGCAUCCAUGGGAACCCAGAGGCAUAUCCAGCUGAUAGCACCCAGAGGAUGAAAAUUUGCAACAAAAGACCUAACUUGAUCAAAACACUUUGAGGUCCUGAUGCCCAGGACUGAAGACAUGGUGAAGGGCAGCCCCAGGCACCUGUCCAUUAAAAGACCCAUGACCCUGGGAGGUUUGUGUACCCUUUGCUUAUGUACCCUUGGAGAGCUUGCUUCUUCAGAGGGGCUUGCUUUGUUCUGAGUAGCCUUCAGAAGUUAAUCACAUGAAACAUGAAAGUAGGCAGACUCUUUGGUCACUAAGUUCUGGUAUUCUCAUUGUGCAGAUAGGAGCCAGUCAGAGUCCCAGCAAGGCACUGGCUGAGUCAGGCCUGGUGCCCUGCAUAUCAGAUUCCUCAGCUCUACUCUGUGGCCAGAGAGGGAGGGCCUAGAGGCAUGGGUCUUGGUGUGGUCUUGGUCACAGCACUAUGGCUGGGUUAGUCAUUUAGAUGUCAUCAUGGCAUCUCUCCUCAGUUGAAGUUGAGAGAAAGUUUGUGGAUGCUCUGCUUUUCCAUCUUGUAUUCCACGACAUCGCUAUAAGGUAUGCGGUCCUCAGCUGCUUGCCAAGCUUGGGAACCUGGAGGGAGCAGGUUGGGCAGGGGAGUGGGCAGGUAGGGAGCAGGCUCCAUGCCAGUGUACAGCCCCAGGGGAAUCCAGGCCCAGUCCACCUCCAAAAGCAGAAUCACAGCAGAGGAAACCCAGCCAAGCUAACAUCAGAUUCCACAUCUGAGCUUCUGAGAGCUCAGCCUCCUUGGAUGUGCCAGGUUGGCUACAGGAUUUGUCCUUUACCUGUCCAUGUUUCCUUCUCCUAAAGAACUUGUUUCUGAAAUUAGGCAUUACAUGGUUCCAGGGCCCAGCCUUCAAAAUUUCUGGCAGGCCAGCUUCAACAUUCCAUAACCAACCUCACCUGAGUCAGACUUGGGUCCCACUCCCUCAGUUUUUCCAAUGGGUAUUUUCUGUCUUGCAUGCUGUUGAGUCCAGCCCAGUGGCCAAGUGAGGAACACAGGAGUUGGGACUGCCACAGAGCCGGAAAGGGAGACUAGAGUGCUUGCUUCCCUGUGGCUGCAUCUAUAGUCCCUGGGUGUCCUUGCCGUGGCAGUGAGGCCUUGUACCCAGUCCAGCUCCUGGUAGAAGGGGUAUUUUCCAUUCUGAAGAGAACAGACAUAACAGCUUUGCAGCCCAUAGGAGUUAAAUGGGUGAAACCAUCUCUGGGCCUCACCCCAGCAAGACCAGCAUCUCCAGUCUCCAGCCUUCCUCCUCAUGCCUGAGAGUCACGGAAAGAGUGGGACUACCCAGAGACCACCUUCUUGGGUCAGCCAGAUUAUCUGGAUCUGUGGUGGGAUUCCAGCUCUUCUUACUCAAGGGGAGGUAAGGCCAGGCCUCUAGCAACGUGGAAUUGUUUGUAAUGACCUAUAAAGGCCCAAGUCCCCGUCUCCUGACUAAAAGGCAUCUGCAUCCCUGUUUCAUAUCACACGACAAAGAAACUUGUUCUUGUAGCAUGUACCAUCCCUAUGAGAGAGCGUUGUAUAUGAUUUUGUAUUUUUUAAUUCAUUUUAAUCUACAGGUUGGAAUCUAAUUUUUAAAUUUUAUGGGAACUCACAUUUUAAAAAGAAAAAUGUUUAAAAUAAUAAUAAUAAACCUUUGACUGGUGUCUUCCAA